AUGCAAGAAGCAACAACGGAGCAAUUGGCAUCGAAGCUGGCAUUGGCAAGCUUGGGUGCUCCAUGGAGAAGGCAUCGUCGUGGGCUAGGCUCAGCCAGGGGAGCCUGCAACGACAUCACCAGGUGCUGGGCAGGGUUUGGCGAGCGCGAUAGUGAACGGGUCGCGCAGAUGGGAUCUUCGAUGUUGGGCUAG